AUGGUAGAUGACGAAAGUACAAAAGACCUGAUUACCUGGACUGGCAAUGGUGAUCAGUUUACCGUCUUUAAUAAUACAGAAUUCUCUCGGGUAGUUCUUCCGCGCUACUUUAAGCAUUGUAAUUGGUCUAGCUUUGUCAGACAACUGAACAUGUACGAUUUUCACAAGAUCACCGAUAAUAAUGAAGCCAACGCAACAAACGAUGAAGAAAUAAGUGAAGUCGAUAACCAAGCUCAACGUUGGGACUUUAAACAUCCUUGGUUCAACAAAUCAAACAUUGAUUCACUACAUAAAAUCAGAAGGAAACCACCUAGAAAUCGAUUGAUUCCACAAAUACGUUAUUCCAAGGCUAUGGAGAUGUUGCCUAACGGUAGUUCAGACCCCGAGCAAGACACUGCAUCUUCACCUGAAGAAGCUCAUUUUAGUUUGAGUUAUAUUGAGGAUUCUCCACCCAGAGGUACAAAUACACUUGCGAACACAAAUGUGAAUAUGAAUACACCCGUCGGUACAAGUGCUCUUGUUGGUAUGAAUGUACCCAUUGGUAUGAAUGCAUCAGUUGGUAUAGCUACGCACGUUGGCAUGGCUACGCCCAUUAACACGAAUACACCCGCUGGCAUGAACAGACCCGUUGGGAUCAAUAGACCCAUUGACACGUCGAUUCAAUCAAUCUAUAAACCACCUCGAUUAGCAACUCCUCCUUCAUCAAGUCAACAGGAAGCAUUAAGUUAUUUAAAAAGUACAGCAGGAAGUCUUGAACAAAAACUAGAUCAAACAUCGAAUGAAGUCCAUUGUCUAAAAAGGACAGUUCUCGCUCAACAGAAGAUGCUGGAAGAAUUACUCUGUACUGUGGAAUAUUUAAAGACACAACAAUUGACAGUGGACGGUAUGUUUGAGAACAAAACCGAUACUCAACAACUUGAUGGCAGCGAAAGAAGAAAACCAAGGAAAAUACAUGAAUUGCUUGGUAACUCUGAAUCUCAAACUAUGAAUGGGGCUCAGAGUCAACAUGGAAACAAUGAACAUUCGAAGGAAUAA